GACAAAAUCAACUCAUUUUGGGAGAUCACAAAGAAGGAACUGGAGGACCGGAAGGCGGAGCUGCGGAAUAAAGACAGAGAAAUGGAGGAAAUGGAGGAAAGACAUCAAGUGGAAAUCAAGGUCUACAAGCAAAAGGUCAAGCACUUGCUGUACGAGCAUCAGAACAAUAUAACUCAGCUAAAAGCGGACGGCGAGAUGGCCCUCAAGCUGCAACAUGAAGAGUUCAUCAAGAGAGAGUCUGAGCUGAUGAAGGACAAAAGGGCCCUUAAACAGGAGAUGAAAGAGAUGGAGCUUGCUCAUGAGGACAUAUUGAGGCAGCUGAGGAUGGAGCAUGCCAAGGAGUUGACAAAGCUGCGCCAGGAGUUUGAGUUAAAUGCCAAAGAGAUGCAGCAGAAGUAUGAAAAGAAGAUGAAACUCCUGCGUGAUGACUUGGAGCUGAGGAGAAAGCAAGAGAUACAUGAGAUUGAGGAGCGGAAGAACACGCACAUCAAUGAGCUGAUGAAGAAGCAUGAAAAGGCGUUCACUGAAAUAAAGAACUACUACAAUGAUAUUACGCACAAUAAUUUGGACCUCAUCAAGACUCUCAAGGAGGAUGUUGCCGAGAUGAAAAAGAAAGAGGCUGCCAACGAGAAGCUGAUGUACGAGAUAGCACAAGAAAACAAGAGGUUAUCGGAGCCCCUUACCAAGGCCCUGAAGGAGGUAGAGGUGCUUCGAAAGCAACUGGGCUUCUACGAGAAGGACAAGCUUUCACUUCAGCAAGCACGGGCAAGGCUUCUCCAGACGGAGAAACAGCUGAAGAAUGUGGAGUGGGAGCAGGAGGUGCUCAACCAGAGAUGGCAGAAAAGAGCCACAGGGAAAGUAUCGGGCAACCCGUCGAAAAUCACCACUGACCCACUGAUCGAUUCACGGGUUAUCAAGGAAGAGAAAGACAGAGAAGACUUGCUAUGGGACCCGGAAGCAGUAAGAGAACAAGCAAUACUGGAAUUCAGCAAGAACUCGACGAGUUUCAGAAGCAUGCUGACAAAGAUGGAACAAACAACAGUUCAAACCAGAACAAAGGCUCAAGCAGAGAACAAAAGGACGAUGGAAAAUGGAAAGACACAAGGGAUCCAGGAAGGGGACCCAAAGAGGCGGAAGACAGUGGAUGCGGAAGGGAAAGAGGAGGUGGUAAUUCCUCCUGCAGACAAGGAAGGAGAGAAAUUGAGAACAGAUUCGAGAGGAACAGGGUCCGAGAAGACAAGUGAGGGGAGCAAAGGUGAAGGGGACAGCACAGCGACGGAUAGUGAGGAGGAUCUUCACAGGUCUCUGCAGUGGCUCAUGGAUUAUGUGGAGAAGGUGAAGCGGGAGAGGGAACAUGCUUUUGAUAUUCGUGCAGCUUGUCUCAAGCAUGCAGAAAGAUCUCAGAGAAGUGAGCUGGCGGCAGUCUCGUUGUCUCUACUGGUUGCUACAGGAAUGUUGGAGGGUGAUGGAGAUCUGGAUGCGAGAGCAUACCCGAUGGACCGGGACAGGUUUACAGGAGUGACGAAUCUGACGACGAGGUGCUGGAAUGACAUUCGGAUGACGAGAAGGAAGAAGAGGACCAGACGACAUGACAGUGCUGAUUAGAGCAUCGGAUUCGUCUUUUAAAUCACUGUCCAGGGCAAUGGAAGCGUUCAGACUGGCUUCAGAAAUGAAGAUUAACUAGAAGA